CCGGCAGGGAUGUAUAUUCAAUCCACGUCACUUCGUUACAUUUCCGAUAAAAUACUCCGUCAUGUCGUACACGGGAUCUGUAUGUACAAACCUGUUACGUGUUCCGCUGACUGGUCUGAUCAUGUGACCGAGUUGUGAACGUGUGUUUGAGGAAGAUGAACGAUGCUAAAUGACAAAUCCGGGAUAUUUCCACAUAGCCGGACUCGUCCAAUGGUUGUACUCGGCUGCUUAGCGACGAUGUGUCUCAAUGCGGGAUAAAUACGACUCUGUGGAACUGAUCAGCACUCGGCAUCUGUAGACAGGAUACUAGUUGAACACGCAAUACGCAAGUAGUGAUUGAUGGCCAUGGCCGCGCCUGAAGUGGAUGACCAACUGACAGAGGAUCUCAACUGCCCAAUAUGUCUGGAACUUUUGACCGAACCGGUGACGCUAUAUAACUGUUUCCACUCGUUCUGUAAGCGAUGUCUUGAACAGUCGAUACAAGGGGCUCGCGAAACGUACAGGAAUCCUUACGCUUGUCCUCAAUGUCGCCGUCGUUUCCUCCCCAGCGACGGCGAGAAGGUGAACCAUCACCUCAAAAACAUCGUCAACAGUCACCGGAAGGCACAGGAACGAAUAGCGGAAAUACGUCCGUACGAAAUGAAGGAUGUGAAGCCACAGUCACGUGAUGGAGCAGCUGCUGUUGUUGAAACAACAGAGAAGCCAUCUAAGGCGGAGCUUGAUAACCUCACAUCCUUCCUGUCCACAGUGGACACGAAGCUUCAGUCUCUGCUGACAGCACUUGACCAGUCCAGUAUUAAUGCAGGAGGAAUACGGCAGGUGCGUACUCUGAAGGUAUCGAAUGAGCCGUCAGAAAACACCACCAUUGUGUCGGAACAAGUACAAGAUCCUCCUCUGCAACUAGUGGAAGAAGUCAGCAGCACACAUCCACCCAAUACACAACAACAGCACAUCGAUUGCGACUUUGAAGCAGAAUCAUUCGGCGAGUUCCUGGAGCGAUCUUUGGUAAUUGUCAAGAAACACUUCCUUCUGAUCAUGUUUCUCAUACACGCAUGCGCACUGAUCUUCUGUUUCCUGAUGGGUGUGUUGUGACCAUGGUGACACGUGACACGACCAUGUUUGUUUGCAUGCCUGUGUUGUACGUGUGUGCGCGUUCUGCAUGUUGCAAUAUAUAUGAACCGACGUCUUUCAUUUGUCAAUUGGAAUAGCAGUAUUUUACCUACACAUUGCUGGCCAGGUUUAUGAACUCAAUCAAAGUCAAGCGGCACUAGAGAAUAAAGGUUAUUAGUUACUUAAUAAACUAUAGACUCCUUUGGUUGUUUGAUGAUGAUGAUGAUGAUGAUGGUGAUGAUGAUGACUGCACCGUGAUAGGGGUGAAAUGAUACAGCAAAGUCAUGAUACACAGGUCACGAUACGAUACGUAUCGCGAUACGCAUAUUUGCGUCUAAAAAUGUGGAAUUUCUUGACUAUAAACAUUUCAGAACAGGUUCAAAAUUAAUAUAGCUGUAUGAACACGUUGGUAGCGGUUAUUUUUGUUAUGGGUUCAAAACGCUAAUUAAAUAUUUGACUGACAGGUGUCAAUGAAAGAGUGGCAUGAAAACUUAUUUUAACAAGUGUGUCGUUUUGUAUCAUACAAAAAAUGAUAUAUUGCAUCGUAUGAAAACUCACUAUGCACCCGUGCACCGAUGUAUCGUUUCAGCACCAUUGCGUGAUCGUCACACCAUAACUACUGUCUGUUUUUUAUAAUAAACAUUGCACAUUGUAUAAUGUUGA